AUAAAUGUUUGCAUCAAUAUUUAGUCAUACCCCUGCUGCUAAGAGUGCAACCAAGGACACCAACGCUAUUGCUUCUCUAUUGGAGGCUGCUUAUGAUGGUGACGUUGAGCGUAUGAAGGAGUUGUUAUCUCAGCAUUCGGACCUCACUGUGAACACUUCUGAUUACGACAAGCGUACUCCCUUACAUUUGGCUGCUGCUGGUGGUCAUAUUGAUGCUGUUAAGUAUCUCAUCUCGGAGGGUGCUCAGUUGAAGCCUGAUCGUUUUGGUAUGCUCCCCAUUCAUGAUGCGGUUAUCAAUAAUCAUACUGGUAUUAAAGAUUUGCUCGCCGAACUCGAACUGAAGCCUGCUGAUGAUGAUAUGUGUUAUUUGCCUCCUGAGAAGCUUGCUGCCUUGAAGGAGCAGGUGAAGCAUUCGGACAUUUCUUUGUCCGCUGAGGAGUUGGAGACUAAAAUGAUUGAGGUUUUCUCCAUCAACAUGAAGGAGGGUAUAUUGGCUGCAGCUUCUCUAUGGAAAGAGAUCCAAUAUUACUUCCUGGAUCUCGGUCUCCAUCCCACUUACUUCAAGCACUUCACGAGUAAUGAGAUUGCCCGUCAUAUCCGUUGCCUCUUGGCCGCUACGAACGUUGCCCAAACUACUAGCUCCGAUUACAUCCACUUUGAAAUUGAGGAUGACGACUCUGCGUUCUAUCUCACCACGAUGGAAGCUGAGAAGGUUGCACUCAUGGAUGGUAGAAUCGCCAAGUACGUGUCCAAGUUUGGUGCUGCUGAUGGUUUCUCCAUCACCUUCAUGAAGUCCGAAAAAGCUGCCACGCCUGAGGGUAAACUCCAACUUGGCAUUUUCGUCGUUGAGAAGAGGAAGUACACCACUGCUGCUUCUGAGGAGAUGAUGGAUGAGAGUGAUCUCAAGCGUGUGGCUAAUACGAAGUUCUUGGAAGAGAGGAGUCCCGAAGUUCAGCAAUACUAUCAGUCUCUCAUCAAUGAGGUUAUGUCUACUCGUAACUCUGUGGUGAAGGUUUUGGAUCCCCCAGCUCAUAUGGUCCAAAAGACCGGAGCCAAGAUGCUGCAAUUGGCUGCUUAUGGUGAUGUUGAGCAUUCCGGGAAUGCGUACAUCUCAGAAGUUAAUGAGUGCUUCCGUUCCAACGAUAUCACUCCUAAGAGGUUUUAUGUCGACACCUUCGCCAAUGGUAUCAUCGUCUACACCUGCUUCUUUGAUCCUUGUGCUCAGAAGAAACUCGAGCAGCUUGCUCAAACUCUUCGUUAUGUUUGCCAUUUCAAGCACACUCCGAGGAAGUCCGCAUUGGUUUGGGAUCUUGUAUUGGAGAAUAAGAUAACUCCCGAGCAUGCUAUCUUCCUCAUUACUGCGGCCAAGUUCAUCUUCUCCUUCUUCCCCAAGGAGACUCAGGAGUAUCUUACUUUGGCUGAGUACUUCAAGAAUGAUCCUUCCAAGAAGAGUGAAUUGGAUACUUUAUUCCGGAACACUAUGUCCAAUGCUAUCACUUACGAAAGGAUCUAUGCGGCUCUUACUUCCAACUAUACCCUCACUCUACCUAUGUUCGACGACUUCAAGAAGGUUGCUGCUGGUGAAUGCAAGCCCUUCUAUAAUGAGGAAUUGGCCGCAAAGAUUGAUGACCAAGUUGGAUCCCUUCUCGAUGCGAAGAUCUUGAAGACUCUCUUGAAGCUCAAUGCUCAUCUACAGAUGACCAACUUCUUCAAGCCUACUGGAACAGCUUCUGCAAUCGCAAUGAGGUUCGACGGCGAGGUCUUGGCUGAUCGUCCGAGGACCCUCUUCCCCACCAUCCCUUAUGCCGUCUACCUUGUCGUUGGCAAGAGCUUCUAUGGUUUCCACAUUCGAUUCACUGAGAUUGCUCGUGGUGGUAUCAGACUUAUUCUAUCAAGGGACGGACGGGUGUACAAGAAGAACUGUGCUACUUUGUUGGAGGAGAACUACAACUUGGCCUUCACUCAGCAGUUGAAGAACAAGGAUAUCCCCGAGGGUGGAUCGAAGGGUACCAUUCUCAUGGAUGUAGACUCUCAGAAUUUGAACACCAGUGGCCGCGAGGCUUUCAAUAAUUACGUCGAUGCCCUUCUCGAUUGCAUCCUCUCCAAGGAGACCGGUAUUUACUCCAAUCUGUCCAAGCCUGAGAUGCUAUUCUUUGGCCCUGAUGAGAACACUGCUGGAUUCAUGAAGUUGGGUGCUCUGAGAGCGAAGGCUCGUGGUUACACAUAUUGGAAGUCUUUGACUACCGGCAAGUCUGACGUUCUCGGUGGUAUCCCUCAUGAUAAGUACGCCAUGACUACCAACUCCAUCCAUCCUUACGUUACCGAGCUUCUGGAGAAGUUGGGUUUGGAGGAGUCUAAGCUUACUAAGGUCAUGUCCGGUGGCCCCGAUGGUGAUCUUGGCUCUAACGAGAUUUUCAUCUCUAAGGAUAAGACGAUUGCUAUUUGUGAUGGUACCGGAGUGGCUUAUGAUCCUCAAGGAUUGAAUAGAGAGGAGCUCACUCGUCUUGCUCAUCUCAGAGUUGGUGUUGCUAACUUCUCUCGGGAUAAGUUGUCAAGUGAUCCGAAGGCAUUCUUGGUUACCAUUGACGAUAAGGAUGUAACUCUUCCUAAUGGAGAUCAUUUCAAGACCGGUAUUGAAGUUCGUAAUCACUUCCCGGAGAUGGAGUACUUCUCUGCUGAUCUCUUCAUCCCUUGUGGUGGUCGUCCUGGUACUAUCAACAUUGGUAACGUUGAUAAGACUAUGUUUAAUCCUGAGACUAAGGAGCUCAAGUUCAAGUAUGUCGUGGAAGGUGCCAACUUGUACUUCACUGAUGAUGCUCGUAGAUAUCUCGAGGAUGCUGGUGUGCAACUAUUCAAGGAUGCUUCUACCAAUAAGGGUGGUGUUACUUCCAGUAGUAUGGAAGUGUUCGCCGCUCUUUGCAUGGAUAAGGCUGAUCAUGAUAAGUUCCUCUGUGCUCGUGAUGAGACUUCUACACCUCCCGAGUUCUAUGAACAAUAUGUCCAAGAGAUCCUCGCCGCCGUCCGCCAUAACGCCAAGAUGGAGUUCAACGGCAUUUGGAAGACUAACCAUGAGGUGAAGUAUCCUGAUGGAUCGAGGUACAUCCGCAAGACUGAUGCUACCAUCUUAUUAUCGAGAAAGAUCAACGACAUGCAGACCUACGUCCUCGGUGUACUCGAGAAGCACGAUCCUGAGAAUGAUUGGAUGAUUCGUGCUGUCCUCAGACGUUGUGUUCCUAGAUUGCUCCUUGUUCAUUGUGGUUUGGAUAAGAUCAUCGAGAACACUCCUGAGGCUUACCUCAAUGCUAUGGUAGCUACUUGGAUUGCUGACGAGUUUGUCUAUGCUAACGGGCUCAAGACUAGUGAGUUCGGUUUCUUCCAAUUUAUGCGUUCCCUCCAAGAUGAGUCCAAGGGUGAAGUUACUCCCUCAACCAUGUGA